AUGGCAACCGAGUCUGAGAUUUACGACGAGGACGACAUAUUUGACUCGGAUGACUCGUACUCGUCCGGCUCGGACUAUGAGCUGAGUAAACAAGCUGUGCGGUCAAAGAAGAGGAAUUUGCAACUGGAACAGAAGGCAAAUGACGCUAAGGAGGCAAUACGCAAUAUAGAGAAGACAGCAAAGGACACCAAAUUCGACGACUCCGAGCUUGUGACUAUCUCGAUGGCGCGGCCGCCAGACUUUGUGCCCGAUUCCGUUUCUGCCGUCUUUGGAAAGGCGGAUUUCUCGUACUUGAAACUCAAACCAGAUCAUGCGGCCAGACCUAUAUGGAUCAGUCCGCUCGACGGCAAAAUCUUCUUGGAAGGGCUGUCUCCUCUUUCAGAACAGGCGCAGGAUUUUUUGGUGACCAUUGCAGAGCCCGUGAGUCGUCCAAGUUUCAUCCACGAGUACAGGAUCACCACGCAUUCGCUGUAUGCGGCAGUUUCCGUUGGACUCGAAACAGACGACAUUAUUUCUGUUUUGAGCCGGCUGUCAAAGGUCCCGCUGGCGUCCUCUGUUGUCAACUUCAUCAAGCAGGCCACCGUUUCGUACGGUAAAGUGAAGCUCGUUUUGAAGCACAACAGGUAUUUCGUGGAGAGUCCGCAGGCCGAUAUUCUGCAGAUGCUUCUGAAAGACGAGGUGAUUGGAAAGUUGCGGAUCCAAAGCAGCGAAACGACGGUGACGAUGAGUGACGGUUUGGUGAUCACCAAGCCCGCGCAAAAGGGCGACCUGGUGAUUCCAGGAACAGAGGAAAGCAAGAAACGAGAACAGGAGAAAAAGGACAAACAGAUCAAAACAGAGGAGCAGCCGCUUGCAGCCGAGAACGGUGCUCAGGACGAAAAUUUAGAAGACAUAUUCGCCACGGUGAUUGGCGACGCAGGAGAAGAAGAAGACGACGACACGGUGCACUCGUUUGAGAUUGCGCACGAGUCUGUUGAGAUUGUCAAAAAACGGUGUCAGGAAAUCGACUACCCGAUGUUGGAAGAGUAUGAUUUCAGGAACGAUACCCAGAACCCCGAUUUGGAGAUCGACCUCAAACCUUCUACUCAAAUAAGACCUUACCAGGAGAAGUCGCUGAGUAAGAUGUUUGGUAACGGACGUGCAAGGUCUGGAAUCAUUGUGCUUCCCUGUGGAGCCGGAAAGACUCUGGUCGGAAUCACGGCGGCCUGUACAAUCCGUAAGUCGGUCAUUGUGCUCUGUACGUCCUCUGUUUCUGUGAUGCAAUGGAGACAGCAAUUUCUACAAUGGUGCACGAUCCAGCCUGAAAACGUUGCCGUGUUCACCUCUGAAAACAAGGAGAUGUUUUCAGGAGACGCAGGGCUGGUGGUUUCGACAUAUUCCAUGGUUGCCAAUACCAGAAACCGUUCUUACGAUGCCCAGAAAGUGAUGGACUUCCUCACGUCUCGUGAAUGGGGAUUCAUCAUUCUGGACGAGGUGCACGUCGUUCCCGCUGCCAUGUUCCGGAGAGUUGUUACGACCAUUGCUGCGCAUGCAAAACUGGGUCUCACGGCAACGCUGGUCCGUGAGGACGAGAAGAUUUCCGAUUUGAACUUCCUCAUUGGUCCAAAGCUCUACGAGGCCAACUGGAUGGAGCUUUCGCAAAAAGGACACAUUGCCAACGUCCAGUGUGCGGAGGUUUGGUGUCCCAUGACCUCAGAGUUCUACCAAGAGUAUCUGAGAGAAAGUGCGCGCAAAAGAAUGCUACUCUACAUCAUGAACCCGACAAAGUUCCAGGCCUGUCAGUUCUUGAUCCAUUACCACGAAAAACGUGGAGACAAAAUAAUUGUUUUCUCAGAUAAUGUCUACGCUCUGCAGGAAUACGCCCUCAAGCUUGGAAAACCGUUCAUUUACGGUUCCACGCCGCAACAAGAAAGAAUGAACAUUCUACAAAAUUUCCAGUACAACGAUCAGGUCAACACGAUUUUCCUGUCGAAAGUCGGAGACACGUCUAUUGACCUGCCCGAAGCCACUUGCCUGAUCCAAAUCUCGUCUCACUACGGUUCCAGAAGACAAGAGGCCCAGCGGUUGGGCAGAAUUUUGCGUGCUAAACGCAGAAACGACGAAGGUUUCAACGCAUUCUUCUACAGUCUUGUUUCCAAAGACACUCAGGAAAUGUAUUACUCGACCAAACGACAGGCGUUCUUGGUUGACCAGGGUUACGCAUUCAAAAUCAUCACGCAUCUUCACGGAAUGGAGAAUUUGCCGAACCUCGCAUACUCAACAGCCAAAGAACGCCGUGAACUUCUUCAGGAGGUCUUGCUGAAGAACGAAGACGUGGCAGGCAUUGAAUUGGGUGAAGAUUCCGAAAACCUUGUUGGAAACGGAGUCUCGAAGAAACUGAAGAAUACCUCCAGGGCAGUGAAGAACCAAGGAUCGCUGGCCGGUCUGGCCGGGGGUGAAGACAUGGCUUACGUUGAAUACUCCAAGAGCAAGGCCAAGGAAGUUGCGCACCACCCAUUCUUCCAGAGAAACUAUUACAAAAAGAACAAGAGAAAGAAGCAGAAUCAAUAA